AUGGACACCAGCACUGACGCUGGAGGACAUGGGGAAGUGGCAUCACGGUCGUCCAUUGACAAACCCCCCAUCCUGGCUCCGGAUUCCGCUUUUGAUCGCCUCCCGGACGAGAUUAUCCAACAGAUAUUGCAGCUCACCGACCCCGACUCCUUUGCGUCUCUCGUCCUCCUCAACUCGAAAUGGCGAUCAGUCGCCCAGCAGGCCCAGCUCUAUGCCCUCCACCUCUUCAAAUGCGAAUCCUAUGCCUCGAGCCAUCCUCAGCUUCGCGAUACCGAUGUCAAAGAUGAAGAUCUUCCGCGCCUAAGGCGACUAUUCGCCAGAGAAGUCAAACGCAACCUUUUCGAAGCAUACCUGCGACCCCGCGAAACCGUUAUAAAGUUGAUAUCCAAUUCCAUCAGCUCCUCGUCAUGCCCCGGCGGCGAGGGAAUGCAAUUUAGUCCGUCGCCCCGCGGUCACCACAUUCUAGCCUAUAACUCAUCUCGAAUUUACGUUCUCGAUGUGCGGGGGAAGGAUAUCGAUGUCAAGAGGGAGUUCAAGAUCUUGCGCCGUCCCGUGUCGACCUGUAUCAAGGACGACGGCUCGAUGCUAGCCGUGUUAUCUUCUGAAAUGCAGGUCGACCUCUAUGAUCUGGAACAGUCACCACCGCGCCGCACCCAAUCUCUGAUCUUGGAUCAUGCUCCGCGCACUAUCGCCCUCUCACCCUGCGGGUCUGUCCUAGCUGCUGCGUACGAAGGGGGUAUCGAAGUAUCCCUAGUCAACCCUGGCGCGUUACCUACAGAUAGACGCGCUGUCAAAUGCGACGGAGUCGAUUCCUUGUCCUUCUCGUUCGACGGCACCCAAAUCCUUGGAACCACGAUCCACUCAUCACCACCUACCACAGUCAUCCUCACAGCCCCGUAUUAUGACCCGGGCAACCAAAUGGCCGACGAUAGCAUCAGCGCGCUUUGGACUACGUCUAUUCUAUUCCCUAAUACCAGUCGUGACUGCAGUCAUGCUGUGCUGCUGCAGGACUCUGCCCAAGAAGAGGCGAGCUGGACCUUUACUUACGAUCGUAGUUUCGAGACGUUCAGGGCUGUACGCAUCGAAGAUCUGAGAAACGGAACAACAUAUUUCACGGGUCCGAAACCUGACCCAGGAUCUCAGGCUAAGCUCACGCCUUGCACUCUUCCCGCAGCGACUUUCCAUGGGGAUCUUGUCAGUGCUGGGUUCCAAGGAAAAGAUGUCUGGCUCUAUGGUGUCCCUGAAGACCUCGACGCUGUACCCGAAUUCAACUCUUCAGGGGUUGAUGGAUUGUCAGCCUUGGCUGGACAAGCAAGAAGAAAUAGUGGUCCUCCCUCGCGUUCGUCAUCGUCCCGGGCGCAAGAGAACCCAAGGAUCCCCCAAUGGCAAAUGUUGUGUGAUAAGCUCCGGAACACUUUCAUCUGGGGUGCAAAGAUUGCCGAACUCGACGGUGUCAGCACGGUGAAGUGGGUUGCGGGCUUUGGUCAGACAUCGGCACAGGAGCGCCUCGUCAUCGCAGCCCGGGGCAUCUCCCCUGGAAAAUCCAUUAUUGAGGAGGACGACAUCGACUUCAUUGACGGUGGCAGAGUUACCCUCCUAGACUUUGACUACAAUAUCGAAGAUGGUGUUAGAACGGAGAUUGAGAUUGAAGUGGGCACCAAGGAGCCUGAGGUGCUCGAAGAGGAGCAAAGAGAUAUCGAUACCGAAGUGGCUAUUGUACGUCGCAGGACUGUGGCCCAGAAACGGGGAGAUCGCGGUGCCUUGAUGCGUGCAGCUACGAGCGCUGCAGCCCGGAGCAACCCUUUGCCGUCUAUGCCGUCGAUGCCACCGAUGCCGCCCAUGCCACAACCCCGAGAAGAACGACAAGCCGACAACGAUAACGUCGAGGACGACCCUCUCGUUCCGAGGCGAAUUGGAGCAGCCCCACGUAUCAGUGUGCAAGAGCCAACCUCACCUUCGGCGCCUGGGGCAGGCGAGACCGCCUCGAUGAUUGGAGAAGAAGAGGCAGAGGAGGCAGUCGAAGCCCCUUACUCGCAUGACGGGCCCCGCUCCACCAACACUCUCCGUCGCGCUGCCACUGCUGCUGCUAUGAACCGAAGCCGCCACCCGCAACCGCCGGCCGCUGGACCGGUAGAGUAUCGGCGAGCUGACGGCCGACGUGAGCAUCCUCACGAGAGCGACGCCGACAACUGGGUUCCACCGCCGCCUCCCUACCAAAAGGACGACCCCGGUGACUUGCCCUCUUUCCUACGGAACGCUGUCAUUACACCUGGCGGUGUGCAGAUACCGAGUCAGCCAGCGAGGACCCAAACAGCCGCGCCUGCCAUUGGCGCAUCGGCGUGGGCUCUCCCGACGCGACCUGCUCUACCUCAAUCAUCAGGCCGCCCUCUAAGCUAUCAAGAGCCGGUCAACAGCCCCCCGGCUAAUGCCAGCUAUCAUCUGCGUAUAGCUAGUGACUCGACGCUUAUGAGCCGGCCGCGCACUGCAGAUUCGGCAGUUCGUCCGACGCACAGCCCUUCGGCCCAUGUUGAUCUUGACGAUGAUAUCUAUGACGUCUCGCCACCAGACUCCCCACGGAUGGCGGCGAGAAGACAGAGCGAAACUCAUGCCAUCUCUCCUGACGACCAGCGGAUGGUCAGCCAAGUUUCAGAGGCUCGACCAUCAAGUUCUGGGACACACCAAGAUUCUGAGGCAGUUUCUCCCGAGCAAUCAGUCGUAUCCCCGGUCGCUCAGCAGGUUCAGGCGCCUCCCUCGCUGGGUUUGGAGAUUCCAUCAGGCUCCUCUGCAAAUACUGCGGGGCUGCGACAGCCACAAUCAGCAUCUACUACUGACUUGCCGUUAGUCAGACGCCUUUCCAAUGCGUCAACUUGGCCUAGAUCUGCGCAGCCAGGUGAUGGAUCUCACCUUCGUCCAGAUGGCGGUCCCUUAAACAGCCACCCCUACUCCGCUCCUGCGACUGACGCAAGAGUCGACGACAUUGCCGGGUCUUCACUGCCACCAUUCCCCAUGGCAGAUCAAUUGGCCAGUCUGCGGGGCCAUGAGCAGCUGCCUCCAUCUAGACGGUUUUCUGGAAACUUCAGUUCAGUCCAGCGCGUACCAGUGGGAAGCCGCCGGCCUGGAUCUCGUCGGGCAUCUGUCCCACAGCCUGUCUCGCAGCCUGCUUCAGAACCCCAGGGACAAGCUCAGAACCAGACUCAAGUUGCCGAAUCACAGUUCGAAGACCAACCCUUGAUUAUCAGCACACCUAGCGGCGUCACUGGCGCAUUCGAUGCGCCUACUCGUCAGCAAUCGAACCGGAGAACCGAGAUGCCUCUACUGGCCCCGAUCCCGCGUCAUCCACGCCCAACCCAAUCGGGCCCGGUACGACCAACAGUGGAACGUCUCGAAACGAUAUACAGCACAAACUCCACAAACCGGCCUGAAGCUUCUGGCAGCAGAAGUCUGAUGCCGGCAUGGUUACAGGCGCCGUCGUCGUCUGCGGGCCGGCAGUCGCAUUCUUCGGUCAACAGAAGACCCAGUCGUGCCGAGCGGAGUGCAGCUAAGAACAUCAAGGACGCGAAACGGCGCGGUUGGAAUGGUUCCCAAAAGAAGAAGAAAAAGAAGAAGCAGGUUGAUCACGAGGUCGCGAGCUCUACUGCGUGGACGGAAGUUUCCACGUCUAGUAGGAAUGCCACUCAUGGUAAAUCAGAGAAGGAUAAGAAGUGUGUUGUGAUGUGA